AUGACUGCUUGGGGUCCAAAUACGGCUGAAAAAAAAUAUUUUUGUAUAUAUGAUAACACGUUAAUAUUUGUGUUUCUUUCCUUCUUUUUCUUUUUUGGUGAGUUGGGUUUACUUCCCUCACUUUAUUUUGGCUCAACAUUGAUUUGA